CCGCCUUCGCCAGCGCCGCGAUCUGUUCUUCCAUGGCCGCCACCUGCUGCGCUGCUUUGGUGUGGUAGCAGGGCUUCUGGUAGAGCGGAUCCAGGAUGCUUGACCUCUGAUACCAACCUGCAUUUGGACUUCAAAUGCGAAAAGAUUUGGGUUAAACCAGAAGGUCGAAGACAAUUGUUACCGGUGUUCCACAAAGUAAGGCUUGUGAAUUUGAUUAACAUUUCUGAGGAAUGUGAUCUCACCUGGACAAUGUUCAUACUCCAAGGCGCGCCCACCCUUAAGGAGCUAGGCAUCAUGGUGCGGAAUCAUUGGUGCAAAAUGAUACCGGGGAAGCGGAGGAAGAGGUUUGCGUUCAGCGAGGGGAAGGACAAAGGGAUUGAGUGGGAACCAUCUGCAUCUGAUUUCAAACACCACAGUCUGGCUGAGCUCAGAAUCUAUGGUAGGUUUAAAGGAGAAGACAAAUUUGUUAGCUAUGCCAGAUGUGUCAUGGAAGCAGCGGUGAAUCUGGAGGACAUAAAACUACAUAAGAAUCCAGUGUGUGUGAAUCGCAAGUACAAGGCUCCAAAGGAGUGGACACGCAAGCAGAAGUUGUCUCUUAGGAACAAAAUCACGGAUUGGCGUUUCACGUCGCAAUACCCCUGUAAAAUAUUCAGACCUUCGUCGGUCGUUUUUCUUUCCAGCUCAAAAUCAAGUGUGGCCGGUAUUAUUCACCUGUAAAAUAAAUACAGGUGUAUAAAAAUACCCCCAUGCCAAGCGCGGCCUAAGGGAUGUCAUCUCUCGUC